UUUGCAGUAUUUGAAAUAGGAAAUUGCAUUAUACGAAGAAUUUCAAGCUAGAUUUUCUAUAACACCUUACUGUAUUCUGUGCAACAAGUUUUCGAUUUACAUAAAUUUCCAAAUCAUUUUCUACUAUUGUCUAAAUAUGUAAUCACAUAAAAGCAAUAGCAGUAAAUUUUAUUUUAAAUUUUAUUUUCAUUUAUUAACAACUUUUUGGACAAUUGCUUCACGGAUAGCAACGAGAGUUGAAAAAUAAGAGCCAGAACAUAGGUGAAAGAGAAUUGAUUCCUCAUACAGAAGUGAAGAACGCUAGAAUACAAAACACCAAAACAAUUGUAAUGGCAGAAACAACAAAUUCGCAGCAACAAAGCAGUGCGGCGAAAACUACGGAUGAAUCAUCACAAAGCCUUGAACAAAAUCAGAGUGUACCGGAAAUGGAUACAGAGAUAUCUUCGCAGGCUUGUAAAUGCAAAGCGGGAUGCUCUACCCAGCACUGUCCCUGCUCAAAAGCUAAUAUUAAGUGUGGACAACGGUGCAAAUGCAUCAAAUGCAAAUGUAAAAAUCAGGAAGAAACGGCAGAUUCGCAGAAACAAAGCAAUGAAGCACAAAUUGUGGGUGAAUCGUCAAAAAGCGAUUCAGAAAACCAGAGUACCGCGCAUUUAGAAGCAGAGAAAUCUUCGCAGGCUUGUAAAUGCAAAGCGGGAUGCUUUACCCAGCACUGUCCCUGCUCAAAAGCUAAUAUUAAGUGUGGACAACGGUGCAAAUGCAUCAAAUGCAAAUGUAAAAAUCAGGAAGAAACGGCAGAUUCGCAGAAACAAAGCAGUGAAGCACAAAUUGUGGGUGAAUCGUCAAAAAGCGAUUCAGAAAACCAGAGUACCGCGCAUUUAGAAGCAGAGAAAUCUUCGCAGGCUUGUAAAUGCAAAGCGGGAUGCUUUACCCAGCACUGUCCCUGCUCAAAAGCUAAUAUUAAGUGUGGACAACGGUGCAAAUGCAUCAAAUGCAAAUGUAAAAAUCAGGAAGAAACGGCAGAUUCGCAGAAACAAAGCAGUGAAGCACAAAUUGUGGGUGAAUCGUCAAAAAGCGAUUCAGAAAACCAGAGUACCGCGCAUUUAGAAGCAGAGAAAUCUUCGCAGGCUUGUAAAUGCAAAGCGGGAUGCUUUACCCAGCACUGUCCCUGCUCAAAAGCUAAUAUUAAGUGUGGACAACGGUGCAAAUGCAUCAAAUGCAAAUGUAAAAAUCAGGUACACGAAUCUCCUUCUUCUUCUCCUCUUUCUAAUUCACGACACCCCCAACGCUAAUUU